UUUUUUCUCUAAACAAGCUAGCCGGAACAAAGGACUCGCUUCUUCAAAUAGGCUAAUAAUUUGUGGCUUUGGAAGAAAGAAUUUUUCUAACAACAGCCCAAACUUCUACUGUCCCGCCACACUCGCUUUAUGUAUUUGGAUUUAAUUCUGCUAUCCCGCCGUCCUACUAUGGUCAUAAUGGAGGUCCCCACCAUCGACUCUGAGUCCCUGCGUGGUUUGUUGGAGGGCGACGUUCCGGGCUGCCUGCUGCUGGACUGCCGCUCCUUCCUGUCCUUCAACUCGUCCCACAUAUCGGGCUCCACCAACGUGCGCUUCAGCACCAUCGUGCGCAGGAGAGCCAGGGGGGGUCUGGGACUUGAGCACAUCGUCCCCAACGAGGACACCAGGAACAGGCUCCUGUCCGGAGAGUACCAGUCCGUGGUGCUUCUUGACGAUCGCAGUUUGGAUUUAAGCCAGGCGAAGAAAGACGGGACGUUGAUGCUUGCUGUUACGGCACUGUGUCGAAACCCCUGCGGAGCCAGUGUUUUUAUUCUUAAAGGUGGAUUUGACACAUUUUCGACAGAGUAUCCAGAGAUGUGCACCAAACCCUCACCUCCACAAGGGCUAAGUUUGCCCCUGAGCUCUAGCCAUCCUGAGAGUGCGGACCCAAGCUGUAGCCCCUGCAAUACUCCUUUAUAUGAUCAGGGGGGUCCUGUGGAGAUCUUGCCUUUCCUGUACCUUGGCAGUGCUUACCAUGCCUCCAGAAAAGACAUGCUGGACAUGCUGGGGAUCACUGCUUUAAUCAACGUCUCUGCCAACUGCCCCAACCACUUUGAGGACUCCUUCCUCUACAAGAGCAUCCCUGUUGAGGACAACCACAAAGCUGAUAUCAGCUCCUGGUUCAACGAGGCAAUUGAGUUUAUUGACUCAGUGAGAAAUAAAGGAGGCCGUGUAUUUGUGCACUGUCAAGCAGGCAUCUCUCGCUCCGCCACCAUUUGCCUUGCCUACCUAAUGCGGACCAACCGUGUGAAGCUGGAUGAGGCCUUUGAGUUUGUCAAACAGCGCCGCAGCAUCAUCUCCCCCAACUUCAGCUUCAUGGGUCAGCUCCUCCAGUUUGAGUCCCAGGUCCUGGCCUCGUCUACGUGCUCCUCAGAGGCGGGCAGUCCAGCUAUCGGCAAGAGCAGCACAGUCUUCAAUUUCCCUGUCUCCAUCCCUGUACACACCUCAGCGGGUCAGCUCUCAUUCCUCCACAGUCCCAUCACCACCUCUCCCAGCUGCUGAGGAAGGUGUGGGCAACACAGACUUUGUUUGGACUUGAACUGCACCUCACGAGUGACUCUACACAGAGCACUGCACAAGUCCUUAUUAUGAUCCAUUAUGAUCCAUUAUGGUUCCAUUAACCAUAAUGGCUCUGUAGGUCAGCCUCAUCAUUUCAAGGGGAGAUUUGAUAAAUACCAAUAGGCAGUAUUGAUGUUUAACCACCUAAAUGUGAAAGUCAUCCACAGUAUAUAUCCUAGAUGACUUGGGAAAUAGCUGAAAAGAUAUUAUAAGAAAUUAUAAGUAUCUGAAUAUUCAAAGUACUGUUUUUUUUGUUUGUUUGUUUUUUUAUAAAGGCAACUGCUUUUGAUAAUCACAAUCAUUUUUUUUAAACCUGACAAAAUGGAGAGGGCUAACAGUUGUCUCAGGAAUGUUGAUAUAUCCUCUCAAAUGUCCAGUUUGGUUUCUGUACUGGUUAAAGAAAGCAGCCUGUUGUGCAAAAUGACAUGGAAGUUACUCUUUCAUAUGACAAUUAAUGAAUGUAUACCCCUCUUCUCAGUGUAGAUGUGGCAGAAAUCAUUUUGUUCAGUUUCAGAAUUGAAUGGCGUUUCCAGUUCAAAUGCAAACACCUGCCUUCCAAGACAUCAUGAAACCUCGAUGAUACUGACACAUUGGGGAAACCAACCAUUAAAUACCUCAUGUUUCUGUACUUUGUACUGUGGCGCUGAGGCAGACAGAACCCCCAAAACCACUAAAAUGGGGCAACAUAGUCUUCAGUGACUGCAUUCUGACAUAUUUAUUGAACUAAAGUAAUAUAUUUGUUAUUAUAUCUAUUUUUGCAUAUGUUUUGUUUAAAUGUUGUUUUUAUACCUUUGAAUA